UGCACCUGGGUGGAGGGCUGAAAGCAGCUGCCCACGGUGCAAGGUCCCCCGCGGGGGCGAAGGGGCAGUGGCGGCAGGGCUGGGUCUGGCCGCGAGGACCGAGCUCCUGGCUCGGGCAGAGGCAGAAAUGACCUGGAGUUGGCAAUUUGGGCCCUGCCCCUUCCCAAUGGGGCCUGAGAGAGCGAAGGUGCAGAGGCUGCAGUGAGGGGCAAAGGCAGCUCUGCUGGCCUCUCUCUGAGCCCUUUCCUUUCCUGAAGACACUGCUCUUACCCCUGUGGCCACUUGUAUCGCACACUGCUCAGGGAGGGGCUGCUGUACGGUCCUUGGCGGCCACGUGGCCUCCUGGCCUUCUCCGAGACAGAGCCAGGAGGCCAGAGGCAUCCCCUCCUCGGGCUGGUUGGGCUCUGACCUCAUUCCUCUAGCUCCACCCAGAGUGGCACUGAAUCUGCCACUCAGUCAUUUCAUUUGCCCGCAGGCUUUAAGGCCAAGCCCUGUGCCCGGCUCUCUGCCUGGCUCCUUGGGGGUCCUCACUCCCUGGCCACACUGACCUCAGGACCUAGGGAAAUAAAGCAGGGGCAAUCCAUCCUGUUCGAGGAGGUGCCAUGGAGCCGGACCUUGAAGGAUAAAUGAGGUUCCCAUGGGAGGAGCAGGGAGGGGAGAACAGGCAGGAUGGAGGGAACAGUAUAAGGAACGGCCUUUGGGCGCCGGGCCCUGGCUUCAGCCUCGGAGUGUGUGACCUCCAUGUUUAAUGUGUAUAGAGGCCCUUUGCAGGCAUAUCCUCAGCUCUCUCCAGUGCUCAACACAUAGUCCCUGCUCCAGGGCAGCCAUGAGCCUGGUGGCCUGUGAGUGUCCCCCUGGCCCUGGCCUGGACGCCGAGCCCUGCUCAUGAGUGCGGUCCCAGGCCCUAGUGUACCUGGAGCAGAUUCGCAACCGGGUCACUCCGGGGGCACCUGACAUGACCAAGCGCGACUACCUGGUGGAUGCAGCCACACAGAUCCGGCUGGCCCUGGAGCGUGACGUCAGUGAGGACUACGAGGCAGCCUUCAACCACUACCAGAAUGGCGUGGACGUUCUGCUCCGAGGAGUAAAUGUCGACCCCAACAAGGAGAGAUGUGAGGCUGUAAAGCUGAAAAUUACCAAGUACCUGCGGCGGGCAGAGGAGAUCUUUAAUUGCCACCUGCAGAGGACGCUGGGCAGUGGAGCCAGCCCUGGCACGGGUUUUAGCAGCCUGAGGCUGCGGCCCAUCCGCACACUGAGCUCUGCCCUAGAGCAGCUGAGGGGCUGCAAGGUGGUCGCGGUCAUCGAGAAGCUUUGCGUAAAUUUGGCCAAGGAGCCGGGACUAGGCUGGACUCCGUCUCUGGCUGUUGGAGGAGAGACCUCUAGUGGUCAGAAGGGAUGCCUCACUCCUGCUGCCCCUGUGCUCAGAGGCCAACACCUUCAUCUCACUGACGAUGGGGAAACUGAGGCCCAGAGGGGAAGGCAUGCGCCAGGUCACCUGGCUGUGCCCCUAUUUGCAGUGCAGCUGGUCCAGGACCCAGCGACUGGAGGGACCUUCGUGGUGAAGAGCCUGUCCAGGUGCCACGCGGUGAGCCGGGAGCGGCUGACCAUCAUCCCACACGGCGUCCCCUACAUGACCAAGCUGCUGCGGUAUUCUGUGAGCGAGGACUCCAUCUUCCUGCACCUGGAGCAUGUGCAAGGAGGCACUCUGUGGUCCCACCUGCUCUCCCAGCCGUGCCUCCAACAGUCUGGGACUAGGUCUGGCUCCAGCCUGGAGAGGAUGAAGGCUCAGCUCAACUCCCGCCUCAGCCUCGGGAUCCCAGCUCGCCUCCCGCCUGGCCACACCUGCCUGCAGGACGGAAUCCCCCUGGAGCCUCCCCGGACUUCUCAGAGCCUUACCCCGGCCAGGGGGGCCGCAGCCAUCAGACCCCAGAGAGAGGCUGAAGGUGAACCCUCAGCCGGGACCAGCCCUUCCUGCUCCUGGGACCUUCCAAAGGCCCCAGGUGGCCACCUGCACCACCAAGCCAGGCGGGGGCCCGGCCAGAGCUCUGAUCCGGGGCCCCCUCGGGGGCUCCCUUGGGUUCGCGCAGGGGCCGGCCGGGUGCUGGGGGGCUGUGGCCGAGGCAGAGGUCAGAGCCGCCCCUCAGCCGGUGGGGCCGCCUGGAGUGUGAGGGAGGAGCAGGUGAGGCAGUGGGCGGCCGAGAUGCUGGUGGCCCUGGAGGCGCUGCACGAGCAGGGGGUGCUGUGCCGGGACCUCAAUCCCCGGAACCUGCUCCUGGACCAGGCAGGCCACAUCCGGCUCACGUAUUUCGGCCAGUGGUCAGAGGUGGAGCCCCAGUGCUGCAGGGAGGCUUUGGACAAACUCUACAGUGCCCCAGAGGUGGGUGGGAUUUCUGAGCUGACCGAAGCCUGCGACUGGUGGAGCUUUGGGUCUCUGCUGUAUGAACUGCUGACGGGAACGGCGCUGUCCCAGAGCCACCCCUCAGGAAUCCAACCCCACACCCAGCUCCAGCUGCCUGAGUGGCUCAGUCGCCCCGCAGCCUCCCUGCUGACUGAGCUGCUGCAGUUUGAUCCCGCCGGGCGACUGGGCACUGGAGGAGGCGGUGUCAACAAACUCAAGUCCCACCCCUUUUUCAGUACCAUCCAGUGGAGCAAACUGGUGGGGUAACCGGAGGGGGUGGAGUAGGCGAUGGAAACAGCUGGACUGGUCUGGAUCUCCUCUCUUCUCUUUGCCUGCCACCCAGAGCUGGCCCUUCUAAUCAGCGGCUCUCGGGCAAAGAAUGAAAGGCAGCUUGCCUUUCCUGGUCAGGCCCCUCCCUUGGGCCUCAGAAGUCUCUUCACUGACCAGGAAGGGCCUACGGAGUCCCCCAGCCACGUCCUGGAGAAACCCUUCCUAGACGGUGCUGAGCGGGAGGGAAAGAGAGAUCUCUCCAGCCUGUUAGGCAGCUUGAACCCCUCCACCCAUCAGUCAACAGUCACCGGCUGAGUGCACACCCUGUACUUGAACUUGGACCUACCAUGUUAAAAGGUGCCUUCCUUUGCAUUAGCUCUGAGCUACUGACCACCUGCUGAGCCGUGAAAUUUUGUGACUCAUUAUCUGCCAUGUGCCCCACUCGGAAUGUCUCUGGAGACUCAUCUCAGGAUACUAGUCCCAAACCAGGACUGCCCUGGCUGGUCAUCUUAACCAUGCAACUAGUGGGCCUCUUCCACCAGAGGCUACUUUUGCAGGGGGUCGGGAGGCUGCGGAAGCAGGGAAGAAGUCUGUAGUGGGCAUGGGGUGGGGUGAGGGAAUGGGACAGGACAACCCAUUCCCCCCUCCUGACCAUGCCCCUUAUCUUGUGAUUACAGACUUUGGAGAGCAAAAGGAAAGGAGGGGAGGAAAAUAAGGAUAAAGAGGAAUGAGGGGAGAGAGGAAGGCACAGCUCUGCCACUUAGAGAAAUUUUGGAAACAGAGCUCCCUUCCCUGGCUAGCCCACCCAUGUGGAGAGAAAGGAAAACCUGCCCCCUGGGUCUGAGGGGAGACCGCCAUUCAGUCUCCAGGCUGAAGCCACUUGAAGAAAAGUUGUACCCACGAGGACUCCCUUCUCGGACGUUCGUCGUGUUUACCAUUUUGCAUUUUAGUCUUGAGGGUCCACUCAAUCCACUGCCCACUGUGACUUCAUCUCCUUUUGAAAUGAAACCACAAAACACAUGGAAUGAUUGCCCAAGCUUUUAGCUGGAAGCAAAAUGUUUCUGGUCUCGGCAGAACUGGGGUAAGUAGUUAUCCCCAAAGACAAUUCCCUGCCCAGAUUUGGGGGCCUUCUUCCUCUCAGGACUCACCCUGUCACUGGGGUGUGGCAUCUAAGACAAACUUCCACAGAUCUCCGCCAACUCCUUCCCGCCUGCCUCUCCGACACCACCAGGUGGCGCCUCUGACACCACCCUCCAGUCUGGCUGUGAAGGCCCAGCUCUAACUCUGGGGCUGGGGACCUGUUGUGGGGAUGGCACGACGCUCCUCAGGCCCUCUGGACGCGUCUGGGGGACGUGGGAGGUGCAGCCUUUGGAAGGUCCUGGCUCUCCCCGGGGCUUGCCCACGUCCCUCCACCCCGACUCCAAUAAAGCCUGCUGUUGCCUCUGG